GUCGGGGAGGGGAAAGAGGCAGGAGCGCUCCAACAACGGCUGACGGAGUUGUGGGUUGUCUUCCCUCCGCGACGGAAGCGGAUUCUUUCCUCGCGAGCUCGGGGACUAUUUGGCGGGCGGCCGGAAGAAGGUCCGGCGGCGGCAGCGCUCCGCCCCGUGCCGGUCUCCCUCCGCCCCCUCAGCCGCCAUUUCGAGAGCCGCCGCCGCCUGACUCGCACUCACUCUGACGGCGAAGGUCCGGCCCGGCUCGGCGGUCGAACUACCAGAAGCAGCCAUGGCGGCCUCUGUGGGCAACGUAGCCGACAGCACAGAACCAACGAAACGUAUGCUUUCCUUCCAAGGGCUAGCGGAGUUGGCUCACCGGGAGUAUCAAGCAGGGGACUUCGAAGCAGCUGAGAGACACUGCAUGCAACUUUGGCGACAGGAGCCUGACAACACCGGUGUGCUCCUGUUGCUCUCAUCAAUUCACUUCCAGUGUCGCAGGCUGGACAGGUCUGCUCACUUCAGCACUUUGGCGAUCAAGCAGAAUCCGUUGUUGGCAGAAGCCUACUCCAAUCUGGGGAACGUAUACAAGGAACGUGGGCAACUGCAGGAGGCAAUUGAACAUUAUCGGCAUGCCCUGCGCCUCAAGCCAGACUUCAUUGAUGGAUACAUUAAUCUUGCUGCUGCUUUAGUAGCUGCAGGGGAUAUGGAAGGGGCAGUGCAGGCAUAUGUCUCGGCCCUGCAGUACAAUCCUGACUUGUACUGUGUGCGUAGUGACCUGGGGAAUCUGCUCAAAGCCCUGGGUCGCUUGGAAGAAGCCAAGGCCUGUUAUUUGAAGGCGAUUGAGACUCAACCCAAUUUUGCAGUUGCAUGGAGUAACCUUGGCUGUGUGUUCAAUGCUCAGGGAGAAAUCUGGCUGGCUAUCCAUCACUUUGAAAAGGCGGUGACUCUUGAUCCAAACUUCUUGGAUGCUUACAUUAAUCUGGGAAACGUCUUGAAGGAGGCACGUAUAUUUGACAGAGCUGUUGCGGCCUAUCUGAGGGCCCUGAGCCUGAGUCCAAACCACGCAGUCGUGCAUGGCAACCUGGCCUGCGUGUACUACGAGCAGGGGCUGAUCGACUUGGCGAUCGACACCUACAAGCGCGCCAUUGAGCUGCAGCCGCACUUCCCUGACGCCUACUGCAACCUCGCCAACGCGCUCAAAGAGAAAGGCAGUGUUGCUGAAGCUGAGGAAUGCUACAACACGGCGCUUCGCCUCUGUCCCACUCAUGCAGAUUCUCUCAAUAAUUUAGCAAACAUCAAGCGGGAGCAGGGAAACAUUGAAGAGGCCGUCCGCCUCUAUCGUAAAGCUCUUGAGGUUUUCCCAGAGUUUGCAGCUGCCCAUUCCAAUUUAGCAAGUGUUCUGCAGCAACAAGGAAAGCUGCAGGAGGCCCUCAUGCAUUACAAAGAAGCCAUCAGAAUCAGCCCCACAUUUGCUGAUGCCUAUUCCAACAUGGGGAACACCUUAAAAGAGAUGCAAGAUGUUCAGGGAGCGUUACAAUGCUACACGCGGGCCAUCCAAAUAAAUCCUGCCUUUGCAGAUGCCCAUAGUAACUUAGCUUCCAUCCACAAGGAUUCGGGGAACAUUCCAGAGGCCAUUGCUUCCUAUCGCACUGCCCUGAAACUGAAACCUGAUUUCCCUGAUGCCUACUGCAACUUGGCACACUGCUUGCAGAUAGUUUGUGAUUGGACUGAUUAUGAUGAAAGGAUGAAGAAGCUGGUCAGCAUAGUGGCUGACCAGCUGGAGAAGAACAGGCUUCCUUCUGUCCAUCCCCAUCACAGCAUGCUGUAUCCAUUGUCUCACAGCUUCAGAAAGGCCAUUGCUGAAAGACAUGGAAACUUGUGCUUGGACAAGAUCAAUGUUCUUCACAAGCCGCCCUAUGAACACCCAAAGGACUUGAAGGCGAGUGAUGGUCGACUCCGCAUUGGCUAUGUGAGCUCUGACUUCGGGAAUCACCCCACAUCCCAUCUCAUGCAAUCAAUUCCAGGCAUGCACAAUCCUGACAAGUUUGAGGUGUUCUGCUACGCUCUUAGCCCUGAUGAUGGUACAAACUUCCGGGUGAAGGUGAUGGCUGAAGCGAAUCACUUUAUUGAUUUAUCUCAGGUCCCAUGCAACGGAAAGGCUGCUGACCGCAUCCACCAGGAUGGCAUACAUAUCCUCAUCAACAUGAAUGGCUACACCAAAGGAGCCCGGAACGAGCUGUUUGCUCUCAGGCCCGCCCCAAUACAGGCAAUGUGGCUGGGCUAUCCUGGGACUAGCGGGGCGUUAUUCAUGGAUUAUAUAAUCACAGACAAAGAAACAUCACCCAUUGAAGUGGCCGAACAAUAUUCCGAAAAGCUUGCUUACAUGCCAAAUACAUUCUUCAUUGGAGAUCAUGCUAAUAUGUUCCCGCAUCUGAAGAAAAAAGCUGUCAUCGACUUCAAAUCCAAUGGACACAUUUAUGACAACAGAAUUGUUCUGAAUGGCAUAGACCUGAAGGCAUUCAUUGACAGCCUGCCUGAUGUGAAAAUAGUUAAGAUGAAAUGUCCUGAUGGAGGAGAUAAUGCUGACAGCAGCGCAAGCCUCAACAUGCCUGUCAUUCCCAUGAAUACAAUUGCAGAGGCUGUGAUUGACAUGAUCAAUCGUGGACAGAUUCAGAUAACCAUCAAUGGUUUCAACAUUAGCAAUGGGCUAGCGACUACCCAGAUCAACAACAAAGCAGCUACUGGUGAGGAGGUUCCCCGCACCAUCAUUGUCACCACCCGCUCUCAGUAUGGACUGCCAGAAGAUUCAGUUGUAUAUUGUAACUUCAAUCAGUUGUAUAAGAUUGACCCUGCCACUCUGCAGAUGUGGGCCAAUAUCUUGAAACGUGUUCCAAACAGCGUCUUGUGGCUCCUGCGUUUCCCAGCCGUGGGAGAGCCAAACAUCCAGCAGUAUGCUCAGAAUAUGGGUCUCCCCCAGAACCGCAUCAUCUUCUCCCCAGUUGCCCCCAAAGAGGAGCAUGUGAGGAGGGGCCAGCUGGCUGACGUCUGCCUGGACACCCCCCUGUGCAACGGCCACACCACUGGGAUGGACGUGCUCUGGGCUGGCACCCCAAUGGUCACCAUGCCCGGCGAGACGCUUGCUUCACGUGUUGCUGCCUCCCAGCUUACUUGCCUUGGCUGUCCUGAACUCAUUGCCAAGAGUAGACAAGAAUAUGAAGACAUUGCUGUGAAACUGGGAACCGAUCUGGAAUACCUGAAGAAAAUACGAGGCAAAGUCUGGAAGCAGAGAAUAUCCAGCCCACUGUUCAACACAAAGCAGUACACAAUGGAACUGGAGCGGCUUUACCUUAAGAUGUGGGAUCACUGUGCAGCCGGCAACAAACCAGACCACAUCAUUCAACCUAUAGAGAGCGGAGAGUCCGUCUAACUGAUGCAAGCCGUGAGACAAACCUCUCGGGAGGCAGCAGGGACCUAAGGACUCCAUCUCUGCUUCAUCUGCCUCGUACUUUGUCGCCGACACGGUCUGUAUGGUAGUAAUUGAAGAGCACCGCUGGACUCCUCUCCUGCUUGACCGGGAGAUGAGGAAGUGGCAGUUGAGCGGCGUGGUUCUGCUGUGUGUCUACAGGACCUGCUUUUCAGGGGAAGGUGUGACAUGGCCGGGCAAUUGUGAUUUCAUGGAUUGAUUCAGUUUUCCUGUGAGUUAGAUUUUUCUCUUCUACAUGGAUUUGGCAUUGGAGCUUUUAAGAAUAUUUGGUUUUCAGGUGUUCCUGUUGGUACAUACGUGGGUCUUCUCUGGCAAGAUUUCCAGCUAGUACGUGUUGCUCCUUCCCAAGCCACUUCUCUGAGCUGCACAGAAUAAAAGGGCGUCUCUGCUGGUGAAGUUUUUUAUGGGUUUUAUAAACCACUUGAGUCUGCAUCAGCAUGAUUAACGUUUGACCUCUUGGGGGCUUUUCUUGUGCUGUGUUGGCUUAGAUGAGGAUUUUUUUAAAGCUUCCUCUUGUCAGUUAUCUUGAAGAUGGCACACCUCUGCAGAAAAAGUAAAUUCAAAAGUAAAAUGUAAAGUCUCCCUGAAACACGGAGAAAACACAACCUGGUGCCAAAUGCAUAUUCUUCAGGAAUGGUUUUAAUUAUGUACAGAGAUGCAGGCCUAGCCGUGUAGCAAAGACUUAAUAAUAAAAAUAAAGCUUUGGUUUGCCCAGGUUGGCACACUGGACAUAUGUUUCACCAUCCUCCCUGUCAAAACAAUUAUGUGGUGGGCUGCUAGCCUCUUGAGAUGCCUUUCUAAGCUCUCUGUUUAAAAUGCAGCUGUUCUGUUUACUUCAGCAGAAAUGCAAUCCCAGGUAAGUAUGGAUUUUCUUUUCAGUGUCUGCCUCCAGUUGAAAUAGCAUUUCUGAAAUGCCAAGGUACAUUUAGAGAUUGAAUGGGCCCUUGUUAAUUUUGGCCAAACUCGGAGUGUUUUUCUUAAGAUGCUUUUUGGCACGAGGUGCAAAAGCCUUUAGGUGGGUUCCGUACUGAAUAAAACUAGGAAGGAAUUACUUUCUAAACUUAAAUGUGCUUCACGCCUCAAGGUUAAAGAACAAAACAGUAUCUUUGUGGUUGGUUGUGUUACACACAGAUACUUGAUAGAAAAUUGCUAGCAAAUGCAUUUACUCCAAGUGACUGGUAUGGCGUACCCUUUGUUAGUCUGUUGGUGUUCAGGUAUCUUUACCCCAAGGCAUGCUUCAGCCUCUGCAGUAUCCUGGUGGUUUUUUCUUUGUUUCAUUUUGGCAGGGGCUUAAUAUGGAGCAGAGAAAUUUUGUCCCAAAUGCCACUCUAGAUUAGCCCACGUGUAAUGGCAACAAUUUUUGUCUUUUUGGGGGGGGACACACUUAAAUCUUGACUUUAAUCAAGAGAUUGAGAUGAAUAUAUACAUACAGCUGGAAUUGGAGUAGGGAGCUUAACUUUGUUUCUGUUAGAAGCUGUAUAUGUCCUCCUGAACAGAUUUAACCACUGUGUGUAGUUUGAAAGGGGGAGGGGAGAAGGGAAUCCUCCUGUUGCGAGGAUAGCUGUUCUUACUUCUGCUUGCUCACUGUAACAGCUUUUGUUUGCAGAUAAUUGUCUGGUUAAAUACAGAUUAAAAUCACUGGCUUCUGU